CAUCUGCCUACUACCAACCAGACCGCCAUCUUUGUUCCCAAGGCCACUGUCUUUUACGGACGUACGCAUCUCUUGAUCCAUGCUGCUCGGACGAACACCUGCCGCCUUGCCAUGGCCUACAGCCUACGGAUACUUCUUCUUUCUAUUGUCAAAGACCCAGGCCAGACUGAAGCUCUUCAGGACGUGCAUGACAAGCUUCGGGCGACGCCACGCAUCUCAACACUAAUCAUGCGGCUCUGGGGGACUCGACUUCAACUUUGGGCUUGUGGCUCGAUCCCGCAGCUUGGCCCCAACUAUCGACAGCCCAAUGCCGGCGGCGAGGGCGUUGGCACUCUGGGGGGCUCUUCUCCUCAGCUGUGGAAGACUCAUAGCGAAAUCUACCAUGCUGUGCAUCGACAGCCUGACAUGACAGGCUCUCGAGUAGGCACGCAAAGGCUCUAG